GAUAGUUAUGAAUGGCUGUGUGCGGUGAUGUAGUGAAGGGAGGUGUAAGGGGAGGUGCUUACUGUACUGUGAUGGCGAUACAUGAGGAUGCGCUCCUCUCACUGCUUCAGUCGGUCACAGAGCUCCAGCACAUACCGGUGCGAUGAAUGCUCCACAAUGAGUGCUAUUCAAAUUUAAAAAUCACUUUGAUGUUGCACGGCUCGUUUUCCAUGCAUUUUAUUCAUCGUUUACCGUGUCAUUUAUGAUGCUUCUGGGCGUAUAUUUAAACCGCUGCACGGAGGCAGGCGAAGCGCACUUUUGUCUUUUUCUAUUUUUUUGUUGCUGUUGUUUACAUUUCUCUUCAAUAUGCACUGCACAUGCUGAGGAUCUACUUAAAGAUGGACGUUGGCAUGGGGACUCAUCUCACAUCCAUGAAGACAUGGAUCUGUAUAUUACAUACCCACAGUGGAUCAGUCCUACCAGACACAAAAGAUCUCAUGAAAACAAGCAUCCGUCUGAAGCAGAGGUCAAGAUUACCGUAGCGGGUGAAGAUCUGAUUCUACAACUCCAGAGGAACGAGGAGCUCUUCUCACCUGGAUAUCAAGAGAUAUGGUACGAUCCGAAUGGAAUCCGACAGUUUUCCAAACCCUCCAUUAGGGACCACUGUUAUUAUCACGGGGAAGUCAAAGGAUUUCAGUGGUCCAGUGUUGUCCUCAGUACCUGUGAUGGACUCAGGGGCAUGAUAACUGUCAAUCACAGCGUGAGCUACAUGAUCGAACCGCUAACUAACCAAACACAAUCUCAGGGACAUGCUGUAUACAACACUCAGAGUCUGAAACUACCCAUGGGCACUUGCGGGCAUCACCAUGGAGAUGGGAAUCACACGGAAAGCCUUCAGGAGCUGAUGGAUGUGAUGGCGAAUCCUGAGCACAUUCACAGGGACAGAAGAGAUGUCAGUAGUAGCACGAGAUAUGUGGAGCUGAUGCUGGUUGCCGACCACGCUGAGUUUGUGAAACAUGGUCAGGACCUUGAAAAGACCAAGGCGAAGCUGCUUGAAGCUGCUAACUAUGUGGAUAAGUUUUACAAAGCGUUGAACAUCCGUGUAGCCCUGAUCUGUUUGGAGAUCUGGACCGAUCAGGACAAGAUCAGCGUGAGCGACAACCCCUACAGCACACUGGGUGCAUUUCUGACAUGGAGGAGGAAACAGCUUCCAAAGUUACCCAAUGACAACGCUCAACUUGUGACGGGUGUUUCAUUUCAAGGUACAAUCAUUGGUCUGGCACCUCUUAAAGCCAUGUGUUCAGAAUACCAGUCAGGUGGAGUCAAUUCGGAUCACUCAGUCUUUUCGGUUGGGGUCGCCGCCACAAUGGCUCAUGAGAUGGGCCAUAAUUUUGGCAUGAGUCAUGAUACUCCAGGCUGCUGUAAGGCCCGGCCUGAGGAUGGAGGCUGCAUCAUGGCUGCUGCUACCGGGGAGCCAUUCCCUCGAGUCUUUAAUCCCUGCAAUCAAAAUGAGCUAAAACACUUCAUGAAUUCCGGCGGAGACAAGUGUUUAUUUAACCCUCCUAACACCAGAGUCAUGUACGGAGGUCAGCGCUGUGGAAACGGAUACCUGGAGGAUGGAGAGGAGUGUGACUGUGGAGAAGUGGAGGAGUGUUCGAGUCCCUGUUGUAAUGCCAACAACUGCACGCUGAAGAUCGGAGCAGAGUGUGCGCAUGGAGUUUGCUGUCAUGAGUGCAAGCUGAAAAGCCAAGGAGUGAUGUGUCGUCCAAAGUCAGGCUCCUGUGACCUGCCGGAGUACUGUGAUGGGAAAUCAGAGUCCUGCCCGGCUAACUUUUACCUGAUGGAUGGUAACGUUUGCGAAGAUGGCAAGGCUUAUUGUUAUACGGGCAUGUGUCUGACCCUGGAGCAACAGUGCCUUUCUCUCUGGGGAAAAGAUGCUCGUUCUGCUGUUGACCAGUGCUUUACUGAUGUCAAUAAAGCAGGUGAUGCCUAUGGAAACUGUGGGAAAGAUCGGAUGGGCACAUACAGAAUUUGCACAGAGAGAAAUGCUAAAUGUGGGAAAAUUCAGUGCUUCAGUUCUGCCAGCAAACCUAUAGAGUCCAAUGCUGUUGCCAUUCCCACCACCAUCAAGAUCUCAGGCCAUGCGGUCGUGUGCAAAGGGACACAUGUGUACCGGCCCGGUCAGGAAAAAGAGAGCCAAGGUGACACUCUAGACCCAGGUCUGGUUCAGACCGGGACCAAAUGUGGGGAUAAUGCGAUCUGUUUUGAAGGUGAAUGCCGCAAUGCAUCUUUCCUACAAGCAGACGAAUGCAAUGCCAAAUGUCAUGGUCAUGGGUUUUGCAAUAACAACCACAACUGUCAUUGUGACUCCAAAUGGGCACCACCAUAUUGUGAUAAUUCUGGUUCAGGAGGAAGUCUGGACAGCGGACCUGUGACCACACAAAGCCACCUUUAUCUUGUUGUUCUGGUUAUCUUCAUCAUGUUUCUUUUGGGAUUUGUUUUAUUGUUGUCUUGGUGGUGCUACAGACAGAAGCGCCCUAUCAAAGGCUCCGCCCUUCAAAGGCCACAAAUAUCCAUCAAUGUUCCAGAAGCCACUGCGACUAAAAGUCAUAAUACCACAGGUCACACAAACCCAAUGUUUCAGCCAAAGAAACCACACACUGAUGAACAGGUCUAUCCUGGUGCAAGUCCUUCUGGUCCAUCCAGACAUUCUAACGUUCGGCCUACUGUGAAACCCCCUCCGAUCCCGCCCUAUGUUGGCCAUAAUCAUAGUGUUAUACAUAUAGAGACCUGCCCCUCUCCAUCAGUUCCCCCCAAAACAAGACCACUCCCCCCGAACAGACCCCCUCCACCCCGACCUACGAACAGACCCCCUCCACCUCGACCUUCGACCAAACCCGCCCAACCUCAACAGACAUCAAGACCUAAGAAUGGUUUAUCAGUGGUGUCACCAGCUGAUUUGCAGAAAGGGAAAUCCAGUCUGACGUCGCCUUCUGGACACUUCCAAAAUGUCAGUUGAAGGUUCCAAAGAGACUGAAAAGACUUGUGGCUUAUAAGAGUGAUACACCAAUCAGCUCUGCACCUUUAGGAUGCCAUUAAGAGUGACCAAUCACAACGCUUCACUCAAAGUGAUGCCCGCCUUAUUAUGUUACUGGAGAAUUAUAGAUACCUGCAAACUUCAGCUUUUUUCAGGGGGGGUACAGCUCCUUUAUUCCUGUGCCAUAUUCCAGUUCUUAUGUCUAUUUAUUACAGUGACCUCAGAAAACUAUAAUAAAGUAUGGCAUUGUAAUGCAUUAGGAGCAUGGGUCAUUUAAAUGAAUAUCUUGCACCUAUAAUAUGAAUUGUAAAACUUGUUUUUGCACGAAGUAGUAUUUCAUUCAAUUAUAUAAAUUGAGUAAACUGUAAGAUAGUAGGAAACUAAUUUCAUUUGAUAUUUACAGUUUGGCUGUUCCUUUUAUAUUUUUUUUAACUACCUUGCACUAUCGGUACAUUUUAGUUGAAUACUAUGUUACUGUCUGUCCUCAGGAAACAGCUCUUAAAAUAAGGGGCUAAUUGAAGAUCAAGUCAUUAGUUUUUUUUAUAGCAAUAAUAUUUUAAAAUAUCAGAAAUAAAUUAGAGGUGAAUUGCGUAGCACUGGGUUUGUGUACAGUAUAUACUGCGUAUUGUUUAUACUAUCUAGCUUGGAUAUUUGUAAUGAUGCUGGAUAUUAUGGUGCUUUGUUUUUGAUUUCUCGUUUGAGGGAAAUAAAUGUUUUGAUUUUUUUUUUUUAAUAAGGGCUUUAAUGCAGGGAAUGCAUUUUAAGUUUAAUAACUUUUUAAUGUGUAUCAGCUUAUUUUUUAUUUUCUUGGCUAGAACUUGUUUUGAAGACUAUGACCACUAUACCUGAUUUUUGUUAGAUAUUUUUAGUUGUAGUUAAACUGUUAUUUAUUCGUAGUGUUAAUAUGCGAUGGCCUUAUUGAAUCAUGGUUUAGUUUUACAUGAAUGCUAUAUUGCUGAUAAUGUUUAUUACUGAAACAUUUAUGGGUGCUUAAAUUGUGAAUGUAAAGUUGGCAUACUAUUGCAGGCUACUUAGGAAGUGUAAAACAGUCACUUUAAUUUUAUUUGGUCUUAAUUUCAGUUUCUAUUGUGAGACUAAAACCUUCUUGUCCUAUGCAAAAUAGACUGUAAUGCAGUGCCUUUUAUUAAAUUUCCAUCAGUGAAUUUUGAUGUUUCCUGUUUUAUUAUUUGCUGGG